AUGAACGGCGGCAGCGGCGGCAGGGGCGGGGGAGGCGGAGGGGGAGGGUACGAGAGCGGGAGCGACCAUGACGUGCGGAAGCAGCCGCUGCUGGUGAACACGGGGAGCUGGUACAGGAUGGGGUCGCGCCAGUCCAGCCUCACGGCGGGGACCUCCUCCAUGGCCAUCAUGCGGGAGUCGCACGUCUCGGCCUUCCUCUGCACCAUGAUCGUCGCGCUCGGCCCCAUCCAGUUCGGCUUCACCGGCGGCUUCUCCUCCCCCACCCAGGCCGCCAUCAUCCGCGACCUCAACCUCUCCAUCUCCGAGUUCUCGGUGUUCGGCUCGCUGUCCAACGUCGGCGCCAUGGUCGGGGCCAUCGCCAGCGGGCAGAUGGCCGAGCACAUUGGCCGCAAAGGGUCACUGAUGAUCGCUGCUAUUCCUAACAUCAUCGGCUGGCUUGCCAUCUCCUUCGCAAAAGACACUUCUUUCCUGUAUAUGGGACGAUUGCUUGAAGGAUUUGGGGUCGGUGUCAUAUCCUACACGGUGCCAGUAUACAUAGCAGAGAUUUCUCCUCAGAACAUGAGAGGCGCCCUAGGCUCUGUGAACCAGUUGUCGGUAACGAUUGGUAUCGUGUUGGCCUAUAUUCUCGGCAUGUUUGUUCCUUGGAGGAUGCUUGCAGUGAUAGGAAUCUUGCCAUGCACAAUAUUGAUACCAGGCCUAUUCUUCAUCCCAGAAUCUCCAAGAUGGCUGGCAAAGAUGAACAAGAUGGAGGAUUUCGAAACCUCGCUACAAGUUUUGAGGGGAUUUGAGACUGACAUCACCUCAGAAGUGAAUGACAUAAAGAGGGCCGUAACAUCAGCAAACAAAAGGGCGGCGAUCCGUUUCCAGGAGUUAAACCAAAAGAAGUUCCGCAUGCCCCUGAUUCUAGGAAUUGGCCUGCUUGUUCUACAACAGCUAAGCGGAAUCAACGCUAUACUGUUCUACGCAAGUAGUAUCUUCAAAGCUGCAGGUAUUACAAACAGUGACUUGGCCACAUGUGGACUUGGAGGUAUUCAGGUUCUUGCCACUCUAGUUACAACCUGGUUACUAGACAGGGCUGGCCGGCGUAUCCUACUCAUCAUAUCUUCUGCUGGGAUGACUAUAAGCCUUCUUGCGGUUGCCGUCAUAUUUUUUAUCAAGGACACUGUUUCACAAGAUUCUCAUAUGUAUUACAUAUUGAGCAUGGUCUCCUUGCUUGCUAUUGUGGCUUAUGUUAUCGCCUUCUCCUUUGGUAUGGGCGCCAUUCCAUGGGUCAUAAUGUCUGAGAUCCUUCCGGUGAGCAUCAAGAGUCUUGCAGGAAGCUUCGCGACGCUUGCCAAUUGGCUCACUUCCUUUGGGAUAACGAUGACAGCAAACUUGCUGCUCAGCUGGAGUGCUGGAGGUACCUUUGUGUCCUAUAUGCUUGUGAGCGCCUUUACACUCGUGUUCGUCAUCCUCUGGGUGCCGGAAACCAAGGGAAGAACGCUCGAGGAGAUACAGUGGUCAUUCCGCUGA